CUGAGUAUCUGUCCAUGACACCCCCAUCUCUCUAUAUAGAGGUAACCAAGGUUACAGCCUGAGGAUCAGUCCAGGACACCUCCACCUCUAUCUAUAGAGAGGUGGAGCCUCAAGCUAGGAGAGUCACGGCACCUCAAUAUCUAUCUAUAGAGAAGUCACUAAGGUAACAGCAUGAGCAUCAGUCCAGGACACUAUAGAGUUCCUCCUCUAUAGAGAGGAGGAGCCUCAAGCCAGGAGAGCAGACCCAGGCCUGAAAUAAGUUCAGUUUCUGGAAUGAGUUUAUUAUUUAUUAAUAUUAUUUAAGAGGAAUGUGAUAUUGCUCCUCUUCCCGUUUGUGUGGCACACAGAGAAGGAUAUAUAAGUUCCUGGGCUUAAAAUAUAGUUUAGACAAACACCUCUAGUGUGAGCCAUUAAAGUAGGCGAUACGAACAAUAUGAAGCUCAUGAAACCGUAAGAGUCUGACCCUGACAUGGUGACCUUUCGUUCUGUAGAGGAUCAUUAAGACUUUGACCCUGACAUGGUGAACCUUUUAUUAUAACGAAGAACAGUAAGACUUUGACCCUGACACGGUGAACCUUUCAUUAUAACGAGGAACAGUAAGACUUUGACCCUGACAUGGUGAACCUUUCAUUAUAACGAGGAACAGUAAGACUUUGACCCUGACAUGGUGAACCUUUUGUUCUUCUGGUUGUCCAUAUCAGUUGUCUGUGGUUUCCAGGUCUUCAUCAUUCCUACUAAAACAUAUCACUGGGUGGUUCCAGGCCACCAGCCCUACUAAUACAUAUCUCUGGGUGGUUCCUGGCCAUGAGUCCUACUAAGACAUAUCUCUGGUCCUUAAGUCCUAAUGGUCUCCUGGAUGAACAACAGGUGAACAAGCCCCUGGUGAAGCCAGAGAACGAGAGAGAGAAUGAUGAUCUGUUUCAGACGUCAGGUGUUGUAACCAGCCUGCUGUACAUGAUAUGUAAUGCGUUUCGGUUCAGUGUUUUAAGGCAGGGUACUUUAUGCUCAGUGUACUUUAUGUUAAGUGUACUUUAUGUUCUACAUCCUGGCCCUCUGCCAUCAUGCUGUGUUUGUCCCUUAAAGAACUCAUUGAGGCCGGAGCAGCAGAAACGGAAGAGGCUGAAGCGCUCUCUGUCCUUCAAAACCAAGAGCGUCCGCAGCAAGAGCGCCGACAACUUCUUCAGGAGCAGCGGAGACCACAAGUCGGAGCUGCUGUCGGAGGUCAGCAGCAGCACGAGCCACCUCAACAGCCUGGCCCCGCCCCACAACCCCCACCACCACAUCCCCCCCGUCCCGCCCGCCAUCCCCUCCGCCCCCCCUCCGUCGUCACGCUCCCCGUCGUCACGCAGCCCGUACACGUUGGACGCCGCCGGCCACUGCUUCAUGGAGCACAUCUUCAAGAAGCCCACCUUCUGCGACGUCUGCAACCACAUGAUCGUAGGAACGACGGCCAAGCAUGUGGUAUUCCUGGCGGGGAACACAGCCAAGCACGGCCUGCGUUGCAAAGCCUGCAAGAUGAGCCUGCACCAUAAGUGUGAGCACGGUGUGGGGCGACAGCGCUGUCAGGGCAAGCUGCCCAAAGGCUUCCGCCGCUACUACAGCUCCCCUUUGCUGAUCCAGGAACAGUUCGGAUGCAUCAAAGAAGUCAUGCCUAUCGCGUGCGGCAACAAGGUGGACCCGGUGUACGAGGCCCUCAGGAUGGCCACGUCUCUGGCCCAGAAGGCCAAGAGGCCCAGCGGCUCCGACUCGUCUCUCAGAAGCUCGACCACUGACUUGGACCAGUUUGACGCUUGCCCUGAGGAAACAGCAGGCCACAGCAGCGGCUGCAACCCGUCCAGGGAGCCCAGUGAUGAGGUCUUCAGAGUCCUGGCGAACGGCUCAGAGCGAUACGAGACAGAGGGGAAGUUUCAGAAUCUGGAGCAGGAGAGACUGGCGCUGCAGAAGGACGUUCUCCAGCUGAACACCUAUGUGGCGCUGUUCAGCUUCACCCCUCUGGACCUCCACGACCUGGAGAUGAGACCAGGAGACCGGAUUCUACUGGCUGAUGACUCCAACGACGACUGGUGGAAGGGAGUGAUCGAGGACCGGGUGGGCUUCUUCCCGGCUGCCUACGCACAGCAGGUGGGGGCUGGGGACUCCGUGUUCAGGUGCAGCAGGACCUUCAUCGGCUGCAAGGAGCAGGGACAGAUCACUCUCAAGGAGGGACAGAUCUGCGUGAGCAGCGAGGUGGAGCAGAGCGGCUUCAUCAAGGUGGCCAGCGGAAAGAAGAGAGGCUUCGUUCCUACUGAUGUUCUGGAGAACAUCUGAGGGAGAGAGAGAGAGAGAGAGAGAGAGAGAGAGAGAGAGAGAGAGAGAGA